AUGUUCAAGCUGUUCGCCGUGUGCUUUUUGGCUCUCUUCGCUGUUGUCUUCGGUGCUGCCAAGCCCGGUCUAUUGGCUGCCCCAGCUACUUUUGCUGCCGCCUCUGCUGCACCAGUAGUCGCUCCAUUUGCCGCUGCUCCAGUCGCCUACACCGCCGGUUAUGCACCCUAUAUUGCUCCCUAUGCCAGCAGCUACUCCGCUCCCUCAAUCGCACACUCUGCCGCUUUCCCAGCUGCUUAUGCCGCCGCACCAGUUGUUGCCGCACCCGCGCCAGCUGUUGCUUUGCUUCGCAAAUAG